AGACUGGUUAUACGUACCUUCAGUCCUUCGCCCAGAGGAAGGCAGAAACACCUCAAAGCCUGCAUGUAAGAACAUCUACUGAGAAAUUAUUUUAAUCAGACACCAGCUGAGUGGGGGAAAGAAAAAGAACAGAGAAGAACAAACAAAACUCCCUUGAUCUUGCUUGGAUGUAAGAGAAUCUGGCAACGAUGGACUGGAGCUUCUUCAGAACAGCUGCAGUGCUGUUCAUUUUUCUGGUGGUGGUAGAAGUUAACAGUGAAUUUCGAAUCCAGGUAAGAGAUUAUAACACUAAAAUUGGCACCAUCAAGUGGCAUUCAAUCAGAAGGCAAAAACGUGAAUGGAUCAAGUUCGCUGCAGCCUGCCGUGAAGGGGAAGACAACUCGAAGAGAAACCCGAUCGCCAAAAUUCACUCAGAUUGUGCAGCAAACCAGCAAGUUACAUAUCGCAUCUCUGGAGUAGGAAUUGAUCAGCCACCUUAUGGAAUCUUCAUUGUUAAUCAGAAAACUGGUGAAAUUAAUAUAACAUCCAUAGUUGAUCGAGAGGUCACCCCCUUUUUCAUUAUCUAUUGCCGGGCUCUAAACUCACUGGGCCAAGAUUUAGAGAGGCCUCUUGAGCUCAGAGUCAGGGUUUUGGAUAUAAAUGACAACCCUCCAGUAUUUUCUAUGUCAACAUUUUUAGGACAAAUAGAAGAAAAUUCUAAUGCAAAUACAUUGGUGAUGAGACUCAAUGCUACUGAUGCAGAUGAACCAAAUAAUUUGAACUCAAAAAUAGCCUUCAAGAUCAUAAGACAGGAACCUUCGGAUUCACCAAUGUUUAUUAUCAACAGAUAUACUGGAGAAGUUCGAACAAUGAAUAAUUUUCUAGACAGAGAGCAAUACAGCCAGUAUUCUCUUGCUGUGAGAGGAUCCGAUCGAGAUGGUGGGGCAGAUGGCUUGUCAGCGGAGUGUGAAUGCAGCAUUAAAAUCCUCGAUGUCAAUGAUAACAUCCCAUACAUGGAAAUGUCUUCAUAUGCCAUUACUAUCGAUGAAAAUGCUCUCUAUUCAGACUUGAUGCAGAUUAGAGUAAUCGAUUUGGAUGAAGAGUUCACAGCUAACUGGAUGGCAGUAAUUUUCUUUAUGUCUGGAAAUGAGGGAAAUUGGUUUGACAUAGAAAUGAAUGAAAGAACAAAUGUGGGAACUUUAAAAGUGAUUAAGCCCCUAGAUUAUGAAGCCAUGAACAGCCUACAACUUAGUAUUGGUGUUAGAAACAAAGCUGAAUUUCAUCAAUCAAUUAUGUCUCAAUAUAAACUCACAGUAACUGCAAUCUCUGUUACGGUGUCAAAUGUAAUUGAAGGCCCAGUUUUUCGACCAGGUUCAAAGACAUUUGUAGUAAAUAGUAACAUGGGAUCAAAUUAUAAAGUGGGAGACUUUGUAGCUACUGACCUGGACACAGGUCUAGCUUCAACAACUGUUAGAUAUGUAAUGGGGAAUAACCCGGCUGACUUGCUAACUAUUGACUCAAAAACAGGCGUGAUCAUGUUGAAAAAUAAAGUUACUAGGGAACAAUAUAACAUGCUUAAUGGAAGAUACCAAGGAACAAUUCUAUCUAUAGAUGACAAUCUUCAAAGAACUUGCACUGGUACAAUUAAUAUUGACCUUCAAGGUUCUAACUGGCCAGCUCGUGAUAGUACUAGUACAAAUACUAGCACUGAUACAGGUACUAAUACAGGUACCAGUACCAAUGAGAAUGGAAACAAUGGCGGAAGUAUCAGUACGAGUACAGUGGACAAUACUAAUGGUGUAGGUGGAGGUGCAGGCGUAGGUCAAGGUGGAAUACUCUCAGACAACGUACAUUUUGGUCCUGCUGGCAUUGGACUGCUCAUCAUGGGAUUCUUGGUCCUAGGAUUGGUCCCGUUUUUGUUGAUCUGUUGUGAUUGUGGAGGUGCUCCUGGUGGUGGAGCCGGCUUUGAGCCUGUUCCCGAAUGUUCAGAUGGAGCAAUUCAUUCAUGGGCAGUAGAAGGACCACAGCCUGAACCCAGGGAUUUGGCCACUAUAUGUGUACCACAAAUACCAUCUGAUAAUGCAAAUAUAAUUGAAUGCAUCGACAACUCAGGAGUUUAUACAAAUGAGUAUUGUGGCAGAGAAAUGCAGGAUCUGGGAGGAGGAGAAAGAACAGGAUUUGAACUGACAGAAGGAGUUAAAACCUCAGGAAUGCCUGAGAUAUGUCAAGAAUAUUCUGGAACAUUAAGAAGAAAUUCUAUGAGAGAAUGCAGAGAAGGAGGUCUCAAUAUGAAUUUCAUGGAGAGCUACUUCUGCCAGAAAGCAUACGCUUAUGCAGAUGAAGAUGAAGGACGCCCAUCCAAUGACUGUCUGCUCAUUUAUGAUAUUGAAGGUGUGGGCUCUCCUGCCGGCUCCGUGGGUUGUUGUAGCUUCAUUGGAGAAGACUUGGAUGACAGCUUCUUGGAUACACUAGGACCUAAAUUUAAGAAGUUGGCUGAUAUCACCCUGGGGAAAGAAAUUGCAUCCUAUCCAGACCCUGAUCCUUCUUGGCCACCCCAGAGCACGGAACCAAUUUGCCUGCCCCAGGAACCAGAGCCAUUUGUUAGUGGACAUCCACCCAUCUCCCCGCAUUUCGGCACGACUACAAUAAUGUCUGAGAACACCUACCCCUCCGGACCUGGUGUACAGCAUCCUAUGUCUAUUCCUGAUCCUCUGGGCUAUGGUAAUGUCACUGUGACCGAGUCUUACACCACCUCUGGCAAUCUGAAGCCCUCUGUCCACAUUCACGAUAACAGACAUGCAUCAAACGUGGUGGUGACAGAGAGGGUGGUUGGCCCAAUCUCUGGCGCUGAUUUGCAUGGAAUGUUAGAGAUGCCUGACCUGAGAGACGGGUCGAAUGUUAUAGUGACAGAAAGGGUCAUAGCUCCAAGCUCAAGUCUACCCACCUCUCUGACUAUCCCUCAUCCUAGAGAGCCUUCAAAUGUGGUAGUGACAGAAAGAGUAAUUCAACCAACUUCCGCCAUGAUGGGCAGUCUGAGUAUGCACCCAGAGUUAGCCAAUGCCCACAAUGUGAUUGUGACAGAGAGGGUUGUUUCUGGCACUGGGGUAACUGGAAUUAGUGGCACAGCUGGGAUCAGCGGAGGCGGUGGUCUAGGCAGCAGUGGCCUGGUUGGCACCAGCAUGGUUGGAGCUGGAGUAAGUGGUGGUGGCAUCGGGCUGAGCAGCUUGGGUGGAGGUGGGGGCCUGAGUAGCAGCAUGGGGGGGGCAGCCACCAUGGCCCACAUGAGAGGCUCCGCUGACCAUCACUUUAGCCAGACACUUGGAUCCGCCUCCCCUAGUACAGCUCGAAGUCGAAUCACAAAGUACAGCACAGUGCAAUACACCAAGUAG